AUGAGCUCGUCGUCUUCUCCGACAAUAUCGAGCCUCGACCUCGUCGACUUGCGCGCACACUAUGCCGUCCGGAGACUCUCGCCAGUCGAUGUUGUGCGACACGUCUAUCAAAAGAUAUCCUCCUACCAGAAGCAUGAUCCGGCCGUCUGGAUCUACCUGGUCCCCGAGUCGGAAGCACUGAGACGCGCAGAGGAGCUGGUGGACAAGUAUUAUGGCUCCGACCUCCCUCUCCCGCCGCUGUUCGGGAUCCCCUUCUCUGUCAAAGAUUCAGUUGACAUUAGUGGCCUGCCGACAACGCUAGCCUGUCCGACGUUCGCAUAUACAGCUGCAGAAACCGCACCAGUCAUUUCGAGAAUCCUUGCUGCGGGCGGGAUCCUUGUUGGCAAAACCAAUCUCGACCAGUUUGCGACAGGGCUGGCCGGUGUGCGGUCCCCUUACGGGGCCCCUCGCUGCGUCUUCGACGCCGAUUACAUCUCGGGCGGAAGCUCGUCGGGCUCGGUGGUGAGCGUUGGCGCAUCCUUGGUCUCCUUCACCGUCUGCACCGACACGGGAGGCAGCACAAGGGUCCCGGCGGCGCUCAACGGCGUCGUCGGCCUCAAACCCACGCUGGGGACCAUCAGCACCGAGGGCUUGUUUCCCGCGUGCAAGAACAUCGACUGUGUCUGUGCGAUGGCCAGAACGAUGGAUGAUGUCGAGGUGGUCUGGACGGUGAUGAAGGCGUUUGACGAGCGUGACGUGUACGCCCGCCAGGAGCUGCCCACGUGGAAUCCCUGGAAGAACCCAGUGCGGUUUGCCAUCCCACCAGAAGAUCUCUUGCGCGACAUAUCGCCUGUGUAUGCUAGCCUUUUCCAAGCCUUGGUCGCGGCUCUCAGGGACCGCAAAGAUUGGUGCGUUGAAGCAACAGGAUUCGACUAUGCGCCCUUCGCCGCCGCGAACCAGAUGCUAUACGACUCGUCGAUCGUGACGCAACGCCUGCUCGCGUUCGAGCCGUACAUAGCCUCGCACGGCCUGGGCUCGCUGGACCCGGCGAUCCAGACGACGUUCCAGCAAGCGAUGGACAACCAGUUCACCGCGGUGCGCGCGUACGAGGAUAUCUUCACGCUGGCGGGACACAAGCGGCAGGCGGAGAUCCAGUUCCGGGAGCACGUCGACGUGCUGAUUGUGCCGAGCACGGUGGACCACUUCACGGUGGCGCAGCUGGCCGCGGAGCCCAUGGCGCGGAACAAGGCCAUGGGCCGCUUCACCAACUUCGUCAACCUGCUGGACCUGGCCGCCGUCAGCGUCCCCGUGGGCUGGUGGCGGAACCCCAAUGGGAGGAAACUGCCCUUCGGAGUCACGGUGGUCGGCCAGGCCGGGAUGGACAAGGAGCUCAUGGCCUUUGGGAAGGAGCUCAUGAGGAUGACGGCCGGAGAAUAGUUAGUAUCGCAAAAGGGCGGUGUUAUCUUCAGAGGGGUAUUCGCAAUUGUGACUGUUCGGAGUGAGAAAGAAGGCAGAAUCGGGGCCUCAAU